GUGUGUUUAUUCAUGUUGUGAGAUGGAGGAGCGGGAGCGUUUGUGGCGCAUGGGAGAAGUAAAAGAAGAGUAAUUGUAGCGCGGUGUUAUCGUUGUAGAGACAUUUGCCGGGGCGUGUAAACCAUUGUACCGCGGUGUGGCUAUUGGGAAGGCAGCACUACCUCACGAGGUGCAGGGCACGUUGUAAAAUGAAUUUGACUAACAAUACACAAAGGCGGUGCCUUGCCAUUACAUAAUCACUUAAGAACAUACCUAGCAACAUAAAGUAUCCCGUCUGGAAACUAAAUUCGCUGUGUUGCAAAUGAACAGGAUUAGAAUACAUGUUUUGCCCACAAGUAGGGGACGAUUGACUCCAGUCCCCAAAGCCAAUGAAACACUAUCCUGCUCUUUUACACACCGACCGUGCUCCCAGCCUCGCAUAGAGGGUCAUGACUUCUGCAUCAAACAUAUCCUGGAAGAUAGAAAUGCUCCUUACAAGCAGUGCAGCUAUAUAUCUACAAAGAAUGGCCGUCGAUGUUCCAAUGCAGCUCCUAAACCUGAUAAAAAGGAUGGGGUUUCAUUCUGUGCAGAGCAUGCGCGUCGGAAUGCAUUAGCACUCCAAGCUCAAAUAAAGAAAUCAAACCCAGGACCGACUAGUGAGUCUCUGUUGUAUCAGCUGAAUACAUAUGCCCGGAGUGAGCUGGGCUCUCAGAUACAGGAAAGCAGCAGAAGUGAAGCCUGCAGGAUUCUUGAUGAAGACAGCUUGAGUGAAAGUGACCAAGACACUGUAACAGUUGAUCAAACAUGGAGGGGAGAUCUCGACAGCGAGGCAGACAGCCUGGACAGUGACCAGGAGGACCCAUUAAAACAUGCUGGAGUAUACACAGCUGAAGAGGUAACUUUGAUCAUGCGAGAAAAGCUAAUUCGCCUGCAGUCCCUGUAUAUUGAUCAGUUCAAGAGAUUGCAGCACUUGCUGAAAGAGAAGAAAAGGAACUACUUGCACACUCUGAAAACAGAACAUGAAACUGUUGGGAGCAGUCUCCUAACUGGUUCAGAGGGACUUACCUUUAAGGAGCGCGAGUGUCUCAGAAGGUUGAAAGCAUUGCGAAGAUACCGAAAACGCUAUGGGGUGGAGGCUCUUCUUCAUCGCCAGUUAAAAGAGCGGCGCAUGUUAGCUUCUGAAGGUGCAUCUCAGCAGGCUCACACAACCCGCUCCAGUCAGAGGUGCAUGGCAUUCAUUGAUGAUGUGCGCUGUUCUAACUCUUGUCUCCCCAUGACAAGACACUGCGUUUCUCAUAUAUGUCAGGACAGCAGUCAAGUUCUAUUCAAGCUGUGCUCAGGCUCAGAAGAUGUAGCCUGUAAUAAGCCGGUUCCUUUAAGCCUUUCUGAAGAACCCUGCUGUCUGUUACAUUACCGCUUACCAUCCCCAAUGUACAAGGCAGAACCAGUGCUGCCCGUGCCAGAGCCCAUGGAUGUGACUCCUGUAGAACUUUACCUUAGCACUGCGGAGCUGCAGCCCACGGAAAAUUUACCCUUAGAAUUCAGUGAUGACCUUGAUGUUGUAGGGGAUGGAAUGCAGUUCCCACCAUCUCCUCUUCUAUUUGACCCUUCUGCUGACAUUUCAAGGCCACUAGACUCACAGGAGUAUGAAAAGCACAGGACCAUGGCAAGCCACUUGCUUCUGACAGCAGAUUCAUUAGUAGGGUCUGCAGGACAGGGUCAGGUUCAGACCGCAGCAGCCUCCUCUUUGCAUCUUACAGACAAUGCCACAGAAAGCUCUUUGUCUACACCCAAUGGAAACGCUGAUGCCUCAUUUGUCAGCUAAAUUUUAGGACUGUUUUAAUCAAGUUUUAUAUGCUUAAUUUUCUUACCAGCAUUAUCAAAGGAAAGACUACCAGGCUGCCUCAAUCUACAUUGCCUUAUUCCUUAUGGAGCUUUCGUUGCUUUAAUGUUACUUCAGAAACUUGCAUGUAUUUAACAAAAACAUGGAGAGAACCAAGAACCUGCUCUUUUGUUUUCUAUGUAAUAAUAUAUAUGUGUGUGUGUGUAUUAUACACAUAUUAUACAUAAAUGCAGAAAUUGUCUCUGUUAAAAGGAAAAGUUUACCUUAAUUUGUAUUUUUGCACCAUCCAGUUUGGCAUUUAACCACCUAACUGCAACUGCUUAGUAAGGCACUGGAGGCUGUGUAUCCGCACAGCUUUAAGUACAAAUAAAGCUCAAUAAAAUGAGUGUAGAUAUGAUAAACUGUAAAAUCUUGUGGGGUUUUUUUUUUUUUUUGCUUCUGUUUUUGCCUAUUUCUCCAAACUAGAGUACAAAUACUAGGCGUUUAGCUGGUUCCUGCAGCUCCCAUUUGCCAUGGAUUGUGCAUACUCCUCUCACUCCUCCCUCAUUUAGUAACUGCUGUAGCUGGAAAAAUUACCAAGUCCUCCCUCUAAGCCGAACGAAGCCCUGGACAUUUGUGCAGUAGAGCGAGUUUGUUCCUUGUGCAUUACUUUCUGUGUGUUUGAGUUGUAUAGGCAUGUGUCGGUAUUACCAGUGAAUAUAAACAUUUUUCAUUUUUGUGC